UCGAUUUAGUGAUUUAGUGAUUGACAGGAUUUGGUUUCGGCCUGAAUCAGAUCCACUUUCCUGGAGGAGGUAGGAUAGAGCUUGGUGUCGCCCCCUGUACCGGCAGCGGUGACGAGAGGCGAUAUGGUGGCGGAGCAGGAGGUGGUGGAGCAGGAACGGGCGGUGGACAGCACCGAAGCUCUGAUCUUGGCGGCCAAGGUAGCGGCAGCGGCGAACAGGAGAGGGAGCUCGCCCCCGACGUCGGAGUCGUCAACUGGGAAGAUGAAUCCCCGGGCGCCUGGAUGGAAUAAGAGGCUGAUGCAGAGGAGGGAUUUUUUUUUUAAGUUUUGGGGGUCCACUCUGCUUGAGGAGGUAGGGGAGAGUUUGGUGCCGGCCCUUGUGGCUGUGAAUGGCCUUGCGGUGGUGGAUUUGGAGGUGCCACAGCAGGCGGAGCACAAGGCGGCACAACAUUGGGCAGUGGACAGCAGCCAAGGACAAAUCUUCUCGACGAAGGAGGCGGUGGCCGACACAAGGGAGAGCUCACGUCCGACUUCGGAGCUGUCAAUGGGGAAGAUGAAUCCCCAAGCGUCGGGGUGGAACAGAGUGGUUAGUGAAGAGAAACUUGCAUCCCAUCAGAGAAUCAGGGAUUUAGGGAAAUAGAACUAGUCAUGACUUACGAAAUCCUACAAUUAGACAAGUGCUGAUUGCUCUCUGCAUUCAUAAAAUUCAUGCUAAAUGUGCCUGUGUUUGCUAGCUGUGCUGGUGGUGCAAAGUGGCACGUGCUGAAGAAAGCAAAGGACUCAUUGGGAGCUCCGUACACUAAAAAGCGUGAGUACAGAGCAGAAUUUCAUAAAGUGGUAAACCACAUGCUGAUAGUAGAUGAAUUUGAGAGAGGGUGGGAGAUGUUGCUGGAUAAAUACAAAGCUCAGGUCACACCCUUACAUGAUGCAGUUGUUCGAGAUUAGGAAGAAAUGGUAUAAGCCUUACUUUAAGGGCGUGUUCAGCGCCGGAGAUCUCAGGAUAUGCUGGUUUUAGUUUUAGUCUGUGGCUUGUUCAGCGCCGGAGAUUGAUCUGGGCGAUGACAUAGCCGGGGGCGAAGAAAUGGAGUUCCCGAUGCAACCAAUUUGUAGGCUUCCCUUUGCGCCUUACACGCUCGGUUCUUUUAUGGAGUUUUGUUGGAAAUUUGUGUCAUGAUUCGAGAUUGAGCUGACAGGCAGAUCUGUGCAGGGGAGGGGGUGCCUGUCAUUGAAGCAGAGGGUGAAGCGCAAGCAUCCGAGCAGUCUGUUGGUCAAACUGACCCAAAAACUCUAGGAUGGACAAGAAGGUAAUCUCUUGGUCAUGCGUGAUUGGAUACCCGAUGUCAAGCCGUACGUGGAAGUGCUCGAAUUGCAUUUUCAUAAUUGGCUUACAGCUUACUGGAUGAUAAUUUAGUUAACGAACCUCUGAAAAAGGAAAAUCUGUGUGCACAGGGUUUGGAUCCUGAUUGAAUGUUAAGUAGGAUGUGGCCGUAUAAAAAUUUGUAGAUAUAUGUCAAAUCAGGUUGCAUGAAUUGGGAAAUGUGUUUUGAAUGAGUCAGCUCGUAAGAGCAACACGGAUUUUAGCUUGGGUCUGUGAUGGUGGAAUGUAUUACAUUGGCUAGAGUACGACUUUUUUCAUUUAAAUUGGAACUUACGGUAUAAGAUAAGAUACAAGAUAAGCUUUGUGAUUUCAGGAAUGAGUGUGUAUAAAGCUUGUACCUUUUAUGGAUUCACGAACAAAUGCUUGCAUCAGAUGGAAUCAUUGGGAAGAACUGAAUCAAUAGAAAAAACACAAUGGUGCCUUUGGGUGAGUAUAUAUGGAUUGAUGACCAGUGCUUAAACAUUAACUCUUCUCUGCAAGGCGAGGAUUGGUGCUGCCGCUCCUGGCAGGACGCCAUGUACAGAUUGCACGAGCGCUCUCGAGAAGGAAUCCGCAGCUUCACAGAGAACCCAGGAGACAUUGUGAUUGUGCAUGCGUUGGGUACAAGCUUUGAUACGUUGGGCGAGGCUUACGACUUGUACAAGUUGUACUCGUGGGAGAAGGGAUCCGGUAUCAGAUACGGGAUGAGCAAAUGUGGAGAGGACAAAGUGCAUGCAAGAAAUCUUUUGUGGCGGUGCGGUAUGUAUUCUUGUAUUUCCUGAACCACAUAUCUCUGUAAUUGAAGCAUGGACAAACAAUUGAGGCUCAUAUGUUCUUGUGGACCGUUGAUUUUGCAGACGAUGAUGUCGUGUUUUCAGGCACAUGUUUAUGUGUGCACUCUGAUGAGUAUUUCCUAGAAAUAAAAGAAAAAAAAAGAUCCAUUUCAUGACUAUGAAUUUACAUGAAGUUUGCGUGGGAUAUGUAGAGCUACCUGAAUUUAUAGUUUGUUAUUACAGGCGAUGGGAUAUAAAACAGUUUAGGAAGUGUGCUUGCAUUCUGAAGACUGUAUUGCCAUCAUGAUGGUUGCAUGCUGAAUUUUGAAAUUGAUAUAAGGUGGUUAACUUUGCUUGUUGAUUGGGCCAUGGAAUUGAAUGUUGAA